GAUCGUUUCUUCUUCCAUUUCAUUCAUCCAUUCAUUCAUUCAUUUUCCCUCUCUCUCUCUCUAUCUCUCUAUCUUUCUAUUAAGACGACGUUAUUGUUUUCUUGUAUUUGCUUCAUUUCUUCCAUCACUCUCGUUUUCUAUCUUUUCAUCACAUUCUUUUAUCACCCGUUAUAUUGUAUUCUAAUCAACGAAUUCGUUAUCGUUGAAUAAUAUUUACUUUACUUUACUUUAAUCCUAUCCAUCAUCACCUUAAUCAACCACAUAUUUCAAAAUGGCACCAAAGGCAUUCGAGACUCUCAAGGCCAAAUUCAAGGCUCUCCUCAAAGGAAAGAAAUCCAAGAAGGCCGAGGCUGAACCAACUGCCGAUGCAACAAAGACCGAUGCAGCUGCUGCUCCAGCUACUGCAACCGAUGCUACUGAGCCAGCUGCCGAAGGAACUGCGCCAGAAGUAAAAGCUACUGAGCCAGCAACUGCCGAAGCUCCAGCCCCAACUACCGCAGAAGCAGCUCCAGCGGUUGCCGAACCAGCCAAUACCGAAACUGUAGCACCCGAAGCUCCCAAGGUCGAAGAACCCAUUAAGAAUGAGCCUAGCGCACCAAUCGUUGCUGCUACUGCUCCUCAACUUUAAAUGAUAUCAUCUUUCGAUAUUAUCGAUGCGCCAGCAUGAUAUAUAUAUGAUAUAUCAUGCAAGCAAGAUGAAGCGCAUUCACCUACCUUUGCCUCUGAAUUACACGUAUAUUUGAUUUCGAGCUCGAUACGGAUAUGGGAGAUACCCAAAUACAAUCUCUUUGAUACCAUGGUGAAGGUGGUGUAAAGGUCCAUGGUGUAAUGGCAGGAGAUACGACUGAUGGUGAAGUUUUAAGUGGAUGGAUUAUACAAACACCUCUUCACCAUGUCUAUCAAAGAAUGGUUGAAUUUCCGAAACAGAAGUCGUCAGAACAGGAUAAUAAUGUGUUAUCAUGUUUCCUUUGUGUUUUCUUUACUCUUUUAUGUCUAUUCAAGGUUUUCCUCGAUGGUCUUUUUUAGUUUUUUUUCCCAAGUUGAUUGAGUUGAAAUUGACGAGGUGUUUUUAUCGACGAAAGUAGAUAUCCACCUACUUUAAUUCAUACAAGAUUGAUUAAGGAGAAUGAGGAAUGGAUUAGAUGUGGAUUUCUCGAUUUCUUUUUUUACUUUGUUAUAUUGAAUUAUAGUAUCUAAUUGUACAUGGACGGGCGCGUAAGCGGAACGAAUGGUCAUAUACCCCCUGAUACCCUAGGUACCUAGUUCUCGUUGUGGAGAGGAGAGAGAGAAGUAGAUGUGGUUUGUUUAUAGGAAUGAAUUUACAAGAAUCUUGAUCUUGAAAUGAAGAAAGUUUUUUUUGUGUAAAGUGAAAUGAGUGAGUGAUGAGUGAAUAUGUGAA